AUGGCCCUUGUCACCAAUAUUGACGGGCCAAAUUUACUCGAUGAAAGUAAUGGUAAUAGUUGCGAAAAUGAGGUUGAUGAAGACCUUGAGGAUGGAGAGAUUUUUGAUGAAGAAGAUGAUAUUGAGAUGCCUGAACCAACUGAACAAAAUACAGAGCCUAAAGUAUCUAAAGAAAAUCUUCUUGGAGAAGGUGCGAAAGAAAAAGAUUUUGAACCUCCAUGGGAAAUGGAACAGAGAUCUCAACAGUCGUCUCAUCAACAAAUUAUACACACUCCUUCACAUAAAAAUUUUACUGGAUUUAAUAACAGUAGACCUAGGGAUAGGUUUCCAAGAAAUAAAGGGGCCGUAAUAAAACGAGAUGUUGGCUACCAAAUGGACGAUGAUAGACCUAGACGUAAAAGACGUAGAUUUGAUCAGAGCGAUGAAAAAGAACAACCCAUGUUGAGAAAUAAUCAAAAUGGCUUAUUUAAUAGAAGAAAAAAUAAUGAUUCACCGAUGGAACCUGUUGAGGCUGGUAAUGAUGAAGAAAUGCCAUAUGUUAGAGGAACCAACAGCCCUGACGUAUCAAACUUUGAGUCAUUUCCUCAAGAAUUUGAAAAUGAAGAUGAAUUUCGCCCUUCGAAUAACUUUGGCCGUAGAGGAAGAGGAAGACGUGGGGGUGGUAGCGAUAUGGAUAGGCGCAAUAGAGGUAUGCCUAUGAAACGACGAAUGAUAGGUGGUUCAGUCAUGAAAAAUAAACGAUCUGAAGAUGAAGAAAAAGUUUGUCAAUAUUUUCUUCAAGGAAAAUGUCUUAAAGAAAAUAAUUGUACUUAUUCUCACCAACAACCAAAUGGUCGCAAAAUGGAACUGUGCAAGUUUUAUUUAAUGGAUUGUUGUAGUAAAGAGGAUCGGUGUACAUUUAUGCAUAGCGAGUUUCCUUGUAAAUAUUAUCAUACUGGUAUGAAAUGUUAUUCAGGUGUAAAUUGUCGAUUUAGCCAUGCCAAACUUGAUGAAGAUCAAAAAAAAAAAUUGUUGAAGUCUUUUGGAAAAUUACGAUAUGAUCCACCUGAGUAUGAAAUUGAAAAUGAAGAUUUUAAGAACAAUUUUGAAGAGGAACCAAAACCACCACCCUCUACAGAAACUAAUUUUGUAUCCAAAAAUGAUAAGAGCAAAAUUCCAUCAUUAUUGGAAAUGCAAAUACCUGUACCUCCUGAAUUAAAAAGCACUGAGAAAAACUCAGAUGAAGACCAAGAGGCUAAUAAUAACAACAAUAACAGUAGUACACCAAUGCCAUCGCCUUCACGAGAGGAGCCUAUGGUUGAUGACACUUUUGAAAUUAAUGAAACUGAACAAGUACCUAAUAUGCUUCAAAAUAAUCGUUCAAUAUAUAAACCUAGGAAAUAUCAAAAACACAAAGAUAGCAAAGAAAAACAAAAACAAGAAAAAGAAAUUAGGAAGAAACAAAGAGAAGAAAGGCACGAAGAAAAAAGGAUAGAAAAAAACCGUCAACGUAAAGAAGACUUGUCCAUGCAGACCAAUGAUCAUCCUUUAUUAGAUGAUCUAAGCGAUGAUGACGAAUUUAAUGAUCUUGUUAUUGAUGAAGAAAAAUUCCAAAAUGAUGUAAAAGAUCAAUUGUUACCAAAAAAACAGAAAGAGCUAUUAAAACGAAUUCAAGUCCAUCAAAAAUAUUACAAUGAAACAGAUAUAAGUGACGAUCGUUAUAGUCAAGAGGAGCAAUAUUCAAGUGAUGUUUCAGAUAAUUCUACUCCCUUAAAUAAUGCUUUAAAUAAUUUUCAAAAUGAAGAAAAAGAACAGUCACCAACACAUUCUUCAUCUAGGUCAAAUUCAUCAAAAGUUGAACAAGUUAAUCUUGAUAAAAUUACUAUAAGUGAUGAUAUGGCUAAACUUCUCAACACCAUAAAAGCAUGUGUUGAUAAAUCGACAAUAGGAGAUCAACCUUCUCCAUUUCAUUUACCAGCAUUGGAACAGCCUUAUAAUUUUGAAGAAACUAUUCAAGAAAAAAAAAGUAUUAUUGAAGAAUCUCCUGCUAGUCCUACUGCUAGUGAUAGUUGUGCUGUGGAAUUUGGAAAAUCAGAUGUAGAUCUAAGACAACUGCCAUUUCAAUUUCCUGUUGCAGCAGCUACAGAGAUAGAUGCAUCUCUUGAUAGUCAUCCGCCAAUGAAAUAUCAAAUGUCACCAACCCAAGUUUCUGUACCUGACUACUCUAAAAUUCCACCUACGAUGGGAAUUGACGAUCCACGACUUAGACGUAGUAUAACAGCAGCAAGGGAUCCAAUGUUUAUUCAAAAUGUCCCUACAACUGUUAGUCCAGUUACUGUUAGACCAGCAGUGGCACCUCAAAAAAGCGCUCCUCGAGAUCCUAGAAAACCACAACAAGAUAUUAACACCUGUGCAUCAGCUAUUCGGGCUCCACUUCUACCAACACCCAACCCAAUUCAACCACGCCCUAUGGAUAGUGAUAUGCGGCAUAUGCCCCCACCUAUAAUGUGUCCACAAAUGAUGGCGGUACCAAAUGAUCCACGCAGGAAACCAAUGGUUCCUGGAGAUCCUAGGCAAAGGCAUCGUUUCGACGUGGACCAAAGAAUAAAUAAUAUAAAUUAUUUUUAA